UUCCUUCUGUCAAAAAACGAACAAACUAAUCCACUCCGUGUCUUCUGGAGCGCAUGUCGCAGCCGCUUUGCGCGGACAAACAGCAGCUGUGCGCAAACAGAGGACACGGAGGACAUAAAGAAACCAAUUUAACAGCAAACCAGCCUCAAUCCGUGCAUUCAGAUCCGAAUUUAUAACACAAUAACGAUCAUAAUCCAGGACUCAGCCUCCCUCCACCGCCUCGGCACCGCUGCGGAAACACCCGGACUCUUUUUUUCUUUUUUUUUUCUACUUUUCCGCACAGACGCAGACAGCUCCGUCCUGCUCCUCAGCGGCCUCCAUUUUAGCUCCUUGCCCGGUCCGCGCCUCACGUGUCCUGGACUGUCUUCCUCACAUGACCCGUGUGUUUGUCCCCGUGAUCAGCGCUUCCAUCUCCGUAAUUCGGUGUCGUUGAAUAUCGGCGUUUUACACCCGCAAAAGCUUCAUGGAUAUGCUGGAGCAAAGUCUGGACAGCUCGGCGAGUCACGACAAACAGGAAACAGAGGAGGUGGUGCAGCUACAGGAAGGGGAAGCUGUGGGGACGGACGAGCAGACUGCAGUGACCAUCACCGGUGUCCCUCAGACUGCAUUUGCUGACCACAAUGUGCAGUACCAAUUUCGUACAGACAACAGCGGCGGACAGGUGACCUAUCGCGUGGUUCAGGUGACAGAUGACCAACUAGAAGCGGCAGCUGACGGGACGGGAGCCGUCAGCGUCGUCUCCACUGCAGCAUUUGCUGGAGCCCCUCAGGCAGUAGCGCAGGCCGUCAUCCAGAAUCCUUUCAGCAACGGGGGAAGUCCUGGCGGGGAGACGGUGGGAGGAGAGACGCGUUUCGCUUAUUUCCCUGCAGCCACAGUCAGCGAUGGAACAGCCACGGCCGUGUCGGUGCAGGCCACCGCCGACCCAACAAUUACACAAGCGGGAGGUCAGUUUUACGUGAUGAUGAGCCCACCUGAGGUGCUGCAGACGGCGACCCAACGUACCAUAGCGCCACGCACACACACCUACACUGCAGACCUUGGUGAAAGCGAGAUGUUGCAGCAUGGCAGUUCAGACUGGAAAGUAGAUGGUCCACGGGCGCCCAGGGAUGAGAGGCGAAGAGCACAGCACAAUGAAGUGGAGAGAAGAAGAAGAGACAAGAUUAAUAACUGGAUUGUCACGCUGUCAAAAAUCAUUCCUGACUGCAGCAUCGACAGCAGAACCGGAGCGAGUAAAGGAGGCAUCCUGUCCAAAGCGUGCGACUACAUCCGCGAGUUGCGUCAGAAUAACCAGCGGCUGCAGGACAGUUACAAAGAGGUGGAGCGAGUCGAGAUGGACAACGAGCUGCUUAGACAACAGAUUGAGGAAUUAAAGAAUGACAACGCACUGCUUCGAGCACAGCUGCAGCAGCACGGUAUAGAAGUCAACGGAGAUGCAACACCUCAGUGACUGUGGACUGGACAAGUGCAGGAUCACAAACACAGAGUCGCGUCCUCCCACACAGCUGAACGACACCAGGAGAGGAGCAAAAAAAAAAGAAAAGAAGAAAUAACGGGAGACAAUUUCUGUCUGAAAUUGGACCAGAGAAACACGCAAAAGGCUCACGAAGAACACCGAAGGACUGCAAAGUGAACACGUCUCCUCCUCCUGCAGCUCCAUGAAAAGCUUGAACGCUCUGAAAUCCGUUAACUGAGUAGCUAACUGAACCUCUCACUUCUGCUUCAAGGAAAUCGACCUCUGCACUCCACCGCCACGCUGCCGCCAAACUCUUCUUUUUACUUUAAAUUAUGAACCUGCCACACAAAGUUUAUUUUUAGCGUCUUUACGUUUUUAUCAUCACACAAACUUUUUCCUUUGGGUUUG